AGUUCCCCCUGUAGAAACUGUGCCUGAUUUGUGGCCAAUGCUGGAGAUGUACGAAAAGGGAGGAAAACACUAAGCGGGUAGCUAUGGAGAUAGACCGUUUUCCUGGCCGCUUCCUUUGACAGGUGUUGAGUAGGUUAAAAGUCUUCAAACAGAGUCCACCAUGUACGCCAAAGGGAAAGGAGCUGUCGUUCCAUCCGAUAGUCAAGCCAGAGAGAAAUUAGCUUUAUACGUGUACGAGUACUUGUUGCAUGUUGGGGCUCAGAAAUCAGCACAGACCUUCCUUUCCGAGAUCCGAUGGGAGAAGAACAUUACGCUAGGGGAGCCUCCUGGAUUCCUCCAUUCAUGGUGGUGUGUAUUCUGGGAUUUGUACUGUGCCGCUCCAGACCGCCGUGAGACCUGUGAGCACUCCAGCGAGGCCAAGGCCUUCCACGACUAUAGUGCAGCAGCAGCCCCCAGCCCCGUAAUGGGCAACAUGCCCCCCAACGACGGCAUGCCAGGCGGACCCAUGCCCCCUGGUUUCUUUCAGGGGCCUCCCGGCUCGCAGCCGUCACCACACGCACAGCCUCCCCCACACAAUACCAGCAACCCCAUGAUGGGACCACACGGCCAGCCUUUUAUGUCUCCACGGUACCCUGGUGGACCACGGCCGUCUCUUCGCAUGCCAAAUCAGCCUCCCGUAGGUGUUCCAGGAUCACAACCACUCCUGCCAAACAGUUUGGACCCAACCAGACCACAAGGACAUCCUAACAUGGGCGGUCCAAUGAGAAUGAAUCCUCCCAGAGGGAUGGGUGGCAUGGGCCCUCAGAACUAUGGUGGUAUGAGGCCUCCUCCAAACUCUCUUGGUGGUCCAGGCAUGCCCGGAAUGAACAUGGGACCUGGAGGACGUGGCCCCUGGCCAAACCCCAAUGCUAACUCGAUAGCAUACUCCUCCUCGUCUCCAGGCAACUACGUGGGUCCUCCGGGAGGAGGUGGUCCACCAGGAACUCCCAUAAUGCCAAGCCCAGGAGACUCCACAAACUCCAGUGAAAAUAUCUACACGAUGAUGAACCCUAUUGGACCAGGAGGAAACAGACCCAAUUUCCCCAUGGGUCCCGGUCCAGAUGGACCAAUGGGUGGCAUGGGUGGCAUGGAACCCCAUCAUAUGAACGGAUCGUUAGGCUCUGGUGACAUGGAUGGGUUGCCAAAGAACUCCCCCAACAACAUGGCAGGCAUGAACAACCCACCGGGCACACCGCGGGAUGACGGAGAAAUGGGAGGAAACUUCCUCAACCCAUUCCAAAGUGAAAGUCCUUCUGGGAUGCCCCACGAGCAGAGGACUCACAUGAAAGUGGCCCAUCCCAGCUUGUGCAAAAUGGCCAGCGGCAACAGGAAACAGCCCCAGAGCCACAGGAAGAGCUUGUUGACUGAAUCUCCCUGCCUCCCGGACUUCCUCUCUGGUUCAGGACAUUAACGGGGCUCAACACACAUAUGAAGGCAGGUGUGUGUGUGUGUGCGCGCGCGCGUGUGUGUGUGAGAGCAGCUUAACUGGGCUGCAUACUUUAUGAUCUUUAUGAACUCACUCCACUUUUUUUGACUCUUUUUUUUUUUUGUGGAAAAUAUCUGCACCUUUUUCCUCCAUUUUAUUUUGUAAAUGCAAGAGGAAACUCAUUCGGCAAUGAGCGUUUUCAUUAUUCUGUGUAUGUAUUGUAUUAUUAUCAAUUGUUGAUUUUAUUUUUAUUAAUAUUGUAAUGAUGGUUAUUGAUUAGGUUUUAAUCUUUUUUUUUUUUUUGAAAGGGGCACAUUGUAUGUAUGUAAACCAUGAAUUUGACCGAAAAAGCACACAUCCAUAAUGCACAAUAACGUGUCGUGACUUUUGCAGUAAGUCUACACCACGUUUUGUGUUUGCUGUGAAAUCUUACCUCCUGCAGAUUAAAAAGGUAGCGCACCUUUUAUUCUACGUCUCUAGUAUACAGGUUUCACUGUCCCUGUUGAGUGAAGGACCGAGGCCAAGAGGUGCGAGGCCCAAACCAGCAGCGACUUUAACCUCUCAGACCAGCAUGUGUGUCUUGACCACACGUUUUGGAGUCUCAAACUAUCUGUAGAGGGGAAGUGAUGUCAUACCAGAGCCGAAAACAUGCAGUUAUACUAGUAACCAUUGCUAAACUUGACUCAAACACAUGACACCGUGAUUCACACCUUAUUUAUUCGUUGUUUUUGUUUGUUGAUUUAUCGCGCACACGUCUCGCAUGCGACCCGUCAGGACAUAUUGUACACAUGUAAAUAUGCCAGUCUAAGAUACCUCCUGAAGAUUUGUAUCCUUCUGUCCCUCGCCAGAGACCCAUAUGCUUUCCUUUUGCAUGAAUCUGAACAGGUCACAUGACAUUUCACCACAAAUGAGGUCCCCCUGGGCUCGGUGCUCAAUAUACUGGAUACUUUUUCAGGUGUGGAACAAAAUCCUCCUCCUCAAACACAUCUUGUUAAUUAUGAGCCCUAUACUACACCCAAGAGUGACACACACGCCCUGAAAAGUGAAGCCAAAACAUUUUGAUCGCCCCCUGGUGGUUGGCUGCGGUAUAGGUCCUAAACCCCGCCCUCUCCAUGUAUCGAACGGGACGCGAGCCAAACUAAAAAAAAAAUCCAAUUAUACUUCAAUUAAUAUUUUCCCAAAGAUGGGUUCUGUCAUUUUAGGUAGUUCUCAUCGUGCAUGACGUAUGCUCAAGAGUUUGAUUUUCCAGUAAGUUUGGUUUUAGUUUGCGAUUUAGUCUACGGGAGCGGCCCAUUCUCAGGAUCACUCCUGGAUCACUCCUGACCUAUUGAACGGCCAUUUCUGAGCUAUUUUGGCUUCAUUUUUCUACAGUGGAAGAAAGUGGAGCCACGUCAUCCAUCUUUUUUUUACUGUCUAUGAUUACACUGCAUAUAAUGUGCAAAAACAUGCGAUGUCAGCAACAUCCAGACUUUUUCUAAACUUGAAAUGAAAUGAAGGGUAGGUAACAUGACAUCCAGGGACUACUGAAUGAGGGAUAAAUGUGCCCGCCUGCCUUUUUCUCCCCCUCUCUCUCUCUGUUUUGUCUAUUACAUUGGGUAUAUCUGUUGUGUCCUUUAAACAAAAUGUGUUUUUGGAGUUCUCAGUUAAGUGGUUAUUAAGGGUCAGAAGGAACCGGUAAAUAUCAGAGCUAAAUGCUAAAAUCCUCCUGCUGAUCACAUACACACAGAUUACUCAUAAAGCACCGUUUUUUUUAGUUUUCCACAGCUCAACGACACGAUGUACACCGAGAAACACACAUUUAUACAGUGUUUAUCUUAUUUUAUUACUUUCUUUCUUUGUAAAUACUGUAAAAUGCAUUUUGAUAUCAUUGACAUGUUUUGAUAUUUCAGUCACUACCAAUGAAUACUACGAGAUCUUGGGGGUAGUUGGAAAAAAAAAAAUGUAAAGAGUCGCCAUUCUCUGUCCUUGACUCUGUCCCACUGUACAGAUGUACUAAAUCAUGCAAAUGUAAAGAUUUUGUCAGCCUCUACUUAGUAAACGACGUCUGAGCGCUCGUGUUUUAGGAAAGUAACCAGUACCGUUCGCUCCUCGUAGACCAGACACACGGGAGGAUGCAUCCGUUCUCUCUCGGACGUGUCCUCACUUUGCACUUUCCAGACAGCAGCCCACCUUUUAACACAUUGCCUAUGUGGACAUACAUGAACACAGGAAGUUGUCUCUUUAUGUGCAAAAGGGACCACGCAUUGCAAACUUUACUAUGAAGGAUUUUUAUCUAUUUAAAUUUUAAAAAAAUGAACAAAAAAAGGGUGAGGAUUUAAAAAAAAAUAAUAAUAAAACGGAGGGAAAUGUCCUUGCCGUUCUCUUGAGAUAGUGUUUUCUAGGUUGCAGUCUCUCUUCUCCUCGGCCAGUCCUCUGUAUGUAAACCACUCACGUCGUUGGCCAUCUCUGUAAUUCUAUUGUGACGCUGUACGAUACUGUAACAUUAGCGAAGAGACGAGGUGCGGAGGGGCUUCAGAUGUGGGAAAGGAAAAAAAAAACCUCCACCGUUGUUCUUUCUGGCAAACGAAAAGCAGUAUUGAGUAUAAAGCAGUCUGUCUCCUGGGUUUGCUUUGUAUUUCAUGUUUAGGGUAGUUUGGAUCCUUGUCUUAGGGACUCUUUCUGUCUUGUGUAGUAAAUUAAGAUGUUCUUUGUAUGUUUCUUUAUAUUGUAAAGUUACUUUUAGAUUUAAAAGUUGCUUAUUAAAAAAAAAGGAUGGAAAAAGUGCUUCAAUAAUGUAUUUUUUUGCUCUCUCUGAUUUCUUUUUUUUCAUGGAGUUGUUGCUUUUUUUUUUUUUUUUUUGCUUGUCCCUUCGUUGUAGAUACAAAUUUAAGACUAAUAAAAUAACAUAACCCCUUUUA